AUGCUCGAAUUAACCUCAGCGGCUCACACGAGUCUCGUCGGAAAUGUGGCUCUUGUUGCUUUUACAAUUGGUGAAGCAAUUAUUACUCUUUUCGCCUACCUUACUGUCGAUUGGCAAAUGCUCAAAUGGGCUAAGGCUAUUUUUAUUGGACUAAUCUUGCCUUAUCUCUAUUUCAUGCCCGAAACACCACUCUAUCUCUAUGCGAAACGGCAAUAUGCUGAGCUCGAAGUACUUUUACGUCGCAUCGCGAACCAAAAUAGACGAACUGAAGUCGAAUUGUAUCCAUCGUAUCAAGAAUUCUUGGGUAACCAGUCGAUCGCACAAGUUCACAAUGAAAGGAAAAUAUCUUUUCUCAAACAACUUCGCCAACUUCUUUCACAGAGAACCAGCAUCAUCAAACUAUUAAUUAUAAAUCUUCUUGGUUUCACAACGUACCUUCUUUAUUACGAAAUAAGUUACGGUCUUGAAGUCAUAAAUAUAUCUCCAUAUCUUGGAAUCCUCAUCGGAGCUGUAGUUGAAGCUGUUGGUUACAUAUCCAGUUCUUUACUUAUGGUAACAAAACUCGGCCGUAAAGGUACAUUUGUUAUUAUGUUAGGUCUUACAGCGGCUUGCGUUUUCAUCAUACCAUUCAUUAGUAAACAUAAUGCACUAGGCGCAGUGCUGAUUGAUCAAUUUGGUAAAUAUGCCAUAUCGGGUACAAUAUCUAUCUCUUGGAUAUUCGUACCCGAACUCUUUCAGACUUCUAUUCGAAGUAGUGCAAAUGGACUUUUCAUUACUUUUAGCCAUCUUGGAGCUAUUAUUGUACCGGUUAUCAAUACUUCUGUGAGCGAUGAAUAUUUAUCAAUAACAUACUAUAUGUCCUCGGUUUUAGCCGUUAUCGUCCUUGUGUUAACCAUGCUCUUGCCAGAAACAAGAAACAAAACAAUGGAUGAUUGA